AUGGAAGCUUCCCCUCAGCCGGCACCCACUCCUCCUCCACAGCCAGCUCAGCGAAAAAGAAAACGUGGACCAGCCACAUCGGCAUCCCCAGCCCCUCAAGAUCCUGCACCAGUGCCAGAAGUACUCUCGCGCUUAGAUCUUUCGUCCCGCCCACAACUUUCGAUAUCCAGAGGCCCUUUCCUUACACCCAUUACAGAUGGCUCAGAGUUCUACAAAACCGACCUCACUGGCCUCAAUCGCAUUGGCUUCCGUUACUCACCUGCUGGCAUCAACCCUCCUGGCCACGUUCUGCCAUGUCGAACGAUAGAAAGUAAUCCCACUGCCUUCAGAAUUAGCUGGGAGGACCGUAGCUCAUUUGUUUCCGUCACCAAAGACGGCUUGAGCUUGCUGGGCGGCAAAGGGUUUCGCAGUGCGCGGUGUAAUGCGCCAAUCCGAGAAGGGCGGUGGUAUAUGGAGGUCAAGAUCCUCCGAGGUGGUGGUGAUUGCAUUUCUGAGGACGGAAAGCGUGAGGGCAGCCAUGUUCGUGUCGGCUGGGGGCGAAGAGAAGCGCCGUUGAAUGGUCCGGUUGGCUUGGACGGAUAUAGCUAUGGCUACCGAGACAAAACCGGAGAUAAGGUUUCCCUUUCUCGCCCCAAAACAUACGGCCGCCCAUUUACAACUGGAGACGUGAUUGGGAUGUAUCUAUGCCUUCCUCCGCGACGCCAGGCAAAUCCUAACGACCCUCAUGACCCAGCGCGGCUCAAACGCGAGCGAAUUGCUAUCGACCUCAAAGGUCAAGAGGUUUUCGAAACCCUUGAAUAUACGCAAUCGAAAGAAAUGACCAAUCUCAUGGACUAUUCAGGCAAGUCGUCAACAUCGACAUCAAUUCCUUCGUCAUCUAAGAAGGCCAAACUACCUGAACGUGGGCCGCCGAGUACUGUCAAAGUCAAAAACCCGAAUCUCCGUCCACUUCCCACCCUUCCUGAUUCUCAUGUCGCCUUCUUUGUCAACGGUGAAUGUCAGGGAGUCGCGUUCCAAGAUCUCUACGACUACCUGCAACUUCGCCAGACCGCAUCAUCCCGCAAAGGCAAAGAACGCAAACGCGGGAAAGAAGGUGUGAAAGAACACGCACCCAAUCCGUUUGACGAUGGCACCUUGGGCUACUAUCCAUUCAUCUCGCUCUUCAAUGAAGCCUCAGUGCGACUCAACCCCGGGCCGGACUUUGACUUUCCCCCACCUCCAAACAUUGACGCCCUCCUUUUCCCUGAUCUUCCAGAAGCAGAAGAACAACGUUGGCGGCCAUGCUGUGAACGGUACUCUGAAUUCAUGACUGAACAAUGGGAGUUGGACGCCCUCGAAGAAGAGGAAGCAGCAUCAGACUUUGUCCGCGUUGCCGCUGCCGAAAAGGUCCUCGCUGAGAAAAAGGCGCAGCGCGAUAAGAAACGCCAACAGGCGGAAGCCCGCAAAAAAUCCAAACUCGCUCCACAAGAAACUCCCGCCUCCCCAGAAGAUGCCCGGCCGCCAACACCUACAACGCCAGGUCAACCGAGCCCUCUUAGGCAUGGCAUCGCCUAUCAGAAUAUGGACACUGAAGAAGACGAUUACAAAGAGAGCGUGUUGUACAACCCUAGCCCGCUGAGACACAACGCACUGCCAGUCGAGGCGGAAGCGAAAGAAGAGCCACUAUCGCGACAACAGACGCCUGUGGCCUACAUCCCUCUGAAACGAGAAGAGUUCCGUUUCGAUUCUGGCCUAUCUGGACCCGGAAUGCCCCACCAACGUACAAAAGAGGUAACUCCCUCUCGAUUCUUGGUGGGCCCAGGGUCAUCUGGGUUAGCUGCCUUGUUGAAUGCCGAGGACGCCGAGAUGUCGCCAUUCGUCUCUGAGUACAAAUUGUAG